AUGCCGAUGAGAGAAAUUGAGUGUCGAUACGGUGGAAGACACUGUCUUCCAUUUAAAUUGCAUUUUAAGCUGACGAGUCAAAAAAGGGGGGAGAUUUUUCAGAAAAAAAAGGGGAGCCGCAGCCCCCCUCUUCUCUCUUCCUCCCAACAGCCUCCUCCUUCCCUCUUCCCCUCCCUUCUUCCCGCUUCCCCUCCCCUCUCCCUUCGCCCCUUCCUCUCCCUUUCCUUUCUCCUUCCUCUCCCCUUCCUCUUCCUCCCAGCCACCCCCUCUCCUCUCUGUUCUUCUCUUCUUCUCCGGCGGAGGAGCAGCAGCGCGAGAACGCCGCCUCUACUCCCUUUUCUGGUGGACAACAGCUGCGAGGAGAGCAAUAUCAGCCGGACAGCGAGCCUCCAUCACUGGCAGCAGCUCCAGCUGGCGACAAUAAGCCGCCAAGAAUCAGCAACUCCGGCGAGCAACAGCAGCAGCGAUGCCGGCGAGAACCAGCAACAACAGCUUCCAGCAACUCCGGACAGCAGCCACCCGGCAGCAGGCUCCGGCGAACAACAACAACAGCUCCGGCGAUGUAGUGACUCACCGACAUAUUCCGCCGAUAACAUAAUCAAUCCCAAAACAAUCAGCGUGGCUCCAAUUCCGGUUUCUGUCAUGAGGAGAUUGUGGCCAGUUGCAUGGAAGUCUUGAAAUCAUUCCUGAAGUGGGUAUGUCCUCAAGUCCGAGGAUGAUGCCUUGUUAUUAAUCGAUCUAUGUUUCAUUGUUGUAGUCUAAAGACGAUCAUUUCAUUCUACUUGUUCCAAGAUAUUGUUGUAAGCCAUAUGUGGCAUUUAUACAUUGUGUAAGGUCUUAUUCCCAUGUUGAUUCGAUUCCAUUUAGAUGGUUUAAUCUGAGACAUCCUUUUUAAUAUUAUGUUAUGUAUCUAAUAUAAAUGUGUGCCAUUAAAGUAGAAGACUAUGUAAUUUUCUUAUACGAAGGGUCUCUGUAUACUCGAUAUGAAUAUAUUAUUUGUAA